AUGUUUAACAAUGUCCUUGCACUGGACAUUUCUGCUGUUCUUGCAGCUGUCCUGACUUCCGUGUGGGUCAUCUUUGAUUUUCUCGAAGCGGCCGAAAGGAUUACGGCCCUCCUGAAAAGAAGCUUGGAAUGCCCAAGCGCGUAUUUACGUGCUGCGACUUGGUCGACGAUUCUCUUAGAUCUUGCCCUUGAGGCAUGGCUGACUGACAUGAUAAAUCAUGGCCAUGACGGCACCUCUUCCUUUUGUACUUGGGACGAUGGCGUCCUCCACAUAACCGCAGGCUUCCUCGAAGAGGCCGAAACAACGUCUACGCUGUACGAGUACUUGCUUUACCACUCGACGCGAGCUUUGCUAAAGUACGGGAAUGCCCAUGCCAUUCAAUCCGAGCACUUUGUUAGCGGCACCGAGGAUCUCUCCAAGAGAAUUGACUUUGAGCUGGCAGCGAGGAGAACAUUCUUAAAGGUACUGAGGCAUCUUUGCCUUGAUGUUGACGUCGACUCCUGCUGGGAGGACUUACCUCCGGCAACUCGCCGCGCCAUCUUAUGCCGCGUCGCGGGAAGGCAUGUCUCCCUGUGCAUGGAAUUCAGUCGAUGGAUGGAAGCCGCACAAAUCGAUCGACAGACGAUCGACUUUCAUCUCGAUCUCGCCCUCGGGAUAUACCAGCGGACUCUACAAAGACCACACGCGCCGAUUACAGAAUCUCUGUCUCGGUUCUCGCUCUACUCAGACCCUGAGGUUGUUAAACCUUUCGCUAAACCAGACGCGAAGGAGUCAAUCUUUUGGAGGAUGACGAGCUUUUUGAUACAUGUGCCUAUCACAACUAAAGUGUGCUGGCUCAUCAAGAAUGCUUGGGUGGAUAUCUUGAUAAUAUACCAUCGGUCUACCUUGGCGCACAUAUCUCGGCUCGCGCGCAAAGGAGCCUCGAGAGUCCUCAAGAAGAACAUCAUCGUGGUGGAACUUCCACGCAGGGUUGUCACAGGCUUCGUGUCUAGAAACGACCAGGGCACACUAACUUUGAAUAUUUUCCCGGGCCGCAUUGAUACGCCUCCACCUAACGAGCAGCCUUUAUCUAUUGCGGUCUAUGACGAACACCUCCGCCUCAAAAGUCGGACAGACGCGGUAGGCACAAUUGACAGAAUUUGCACAUAUGAGUACGACGAUAAUUACGCCAGGCGAUGGCCGCGCUACAAACAAGUUGUUCAGGGCUCAACCAGCAUCCGCUAUCACUACGACGGGAUUGGGAGGAUUUCCCAUAGCACCCUCACCUUAGCAUCCGAUACUUUUGUCUUCCAGUACGGGUACAAGGGCUCACCCGCAAGGGGUGACUCCCCGGCCAAGUGGACAAAGUGCGACUGGGUACCAUCAGACAGAGUCUGUUGUGUAAUCCGCUUCGUUAACGGCAAGACGUAUAUCACAACGUGGGAAUUCCUGCAUCGCCGGGAUCCUAUCAUAAAUUCAUACUUGCACGAAGGCGAUAUCAAGACGGUCGUUACCAAUGUUCCGCGAGUGUUUGAUCAAGAAGACGCGCUUCUCAUCCGACCGACUAAUGUCAAUUUUGACGACGACGACCUUUUGGUGCAUCACCGCCCUCGCGACCUCCAACUGGCAGCAAGCGCCACGAAUAAGGCGUCUUUUGUAUCGCGAUUGAACCCGCUUGGGUGGCCCUACGGUCUCCAAAAGGCCAGAUACCGCCGCAACCACUGGCUCACUGCCGGAAAUGUCGACGCUGUGACAGCCUGCUGGAUGGACGAAGUGAUUCUUCGCGAAGAGCCCUUGCUCAAGGGAUACUGGCGAGCCCGUGACCUUGGCCGCCUUGGCAAGGCCAAGAAAGCUCUCGACGAUAACAUCGAGCAGAUUGUGGCCGCAAUCGAGAUCGAGAGGGAGGUUUCUGAGAUGUGCCUCUUACCCAUCAAGGCGGCCGACUUGUACGUUAUAGGUCAGAGCAAGGACGCCAAUCAAAUCACCAACCGGCCACAAGACUGUUAUCUAGAUACCGACAAUCAGGCUCCUGGCGGCGUCUCCAACUACCGUCGAGAUCUGAUUAACGGCCACAUCGAGAAAAGCGUCCAGUCCCUGAAGCUACUACCGCUAUGGGGCGUGGACGGCAAGACUCCUAAUCACGGCGUCAUCGACAACCUGCUCCAGUCACAAGUAGACGAUAAAAUCAGAAUCACAGAUACACGCCGCGAUAUUAUCAAGACCUUUGUUCCCUUGAUCAAACUAUUUGUCCGGGGGGCUCGGACUAAAGCGCCGUCGAGGACCGAGCUACAACAGUAUAGCCAAGUAUUCAUUGCGCUCUCCAACUAUUUCGAGAACAAGGACUAUAAUACGACAUGGCAGUCCAAGGAGGUUAUGGGCGCAUGGGUCGAGGCCUGGUUGACGCCCUACCAUAAUACCAACGUGCGGGAGCCUGCAACGUCUUUUGAUGUCGAGCGGCCCAGCAUGAAUGAUUUCCAGGAUGCCCUUGCUAUUUACAGCUCGUACUUCUUCAUCUUCUCUGUCGAGGUCCCUGAAGAUUGCCCGCGUUACCGCCGGGGCGUGACAUUCGGCAUUUGGGACCACGCUAUCCUGUGGCGUGAGUGCUGUCUCAAUAUUAGCCCGGCCCAGUCCUCCCUCUCUAUUCCCGUGCAGUCUAUGCUACUGGCGGGUAUCGGACUGGCUACGCGGCUGGCCUACUUCCACGCCGACGUGAUUCUACCGUGCACGUCCGUCUUUAAUCCGAUUUGGGAAGCCGAGCUUGGAACUGAUAGUGGGCGUCUGAUACACCGUAACCAGUUUUCACGCAAGAUUGAUCCUAUCGUCAACGGCAUCUCGGAUAUGGAAUCGUUCCGUCCGACCGACAAGGUUGAGUCCAAUAAGCCGACUGUCGUCAUGCUAUCCAACGUACAAUUCAUCAAGGACAUCAAGACAGCCCUCAUCGCCGCCGACAUCAUUGUGAAUAAGUUUGGCUUUUGCGAGUACAAGCUUCUCAUCUAUGGCGCGCAGGAUCGCCAGCCCGCCUACGCCAUCGAGAUGAGCAAACUGGUCACGGCUUACAACCUUUCCGACCAUGUUUCGCUGGCCGGGUUUGCCUCUUCCCAGGAGGUCUUGCGUAGCGCGUGGCUCUUCAUGAACAGCUCCAUCUCUGAGGGCCUACCGCUGGCCAUUGGUGAGGCAGCUCUUGCCGGCGUCCCCAUAGUCGCCACUGAAGUUGGCUCCACGGCGCUUGUGCUGACGGACCCGGAUGACGAAUCUUUGCGUUAUGGUGAGGUCGUACCCCCUAACGAUCCCAUGGCGCUAGCGCGAGCUCAGAUCAGCAUCCUCGCCAUGGUCGGACCGUGGAGCCGCUUUACUAGGGAUGGCCCUGCUUUCGCUGCCAGCCGCGCCUCCAGACACGCUGUCGUUCUGCCUGACAGUAUUACGGCCGCGGAUGUUGAAUGGCUGACACGGCGAAUGUACGAGCGUGCUGACGACCGCCGGCGGCUGGGCCUACGCGCUAGAGAUGUGGUGCUCCGUAGCUUCCACGGGAAUCGUUACCUGCGCGAGCACGAACAGAUGUACUGGAUUCAGUGGCACAUGGCUAAAAUGAGGGCCGAUGGCAGCCUGUCUCACGGUGCCAGGGGCUUGCGAUAUGUAAGAUCGCAGCCUAUGCUGAGGUAUUCUCGAGGAAGCGAGGGGAAGGCGAAUGAAGAGCAUUCUCAGUCAAAACGGAAACAUCUACGGUGGCAGGACUUUCCGACGCAGGAGAAGCGAGUCGGCAAAAAGCUGAGGAAGAAGCAUCGGGACGAACUGGCAAGCUGA